CUGACGCGGCCCUUCCGGCGCGGCGCCAUGGCGGGGCGCGCGGCGGGGCCGCCGCCGGACGCCACCCUCCGCCGGUGGGAACGAGAGCAGGCCCAGUUAAAAGCCAGCGUGGUUGAGGAGGACACCGAGGAGUGGCAGAAAGAUUCAAGUUUUGCAGGACUGGAAAGAGUGGGAGGUGUGGACUUAUCUUAUAUCAAAGGAGAUGAUACCAGUGCCUGCGCUUCCCUGGUCGUUCUCAGCUACCCAGCUCUUGAGGUGCUGUACGAGGAUUGCCGGAUGGUGGCUGUGAGUGCCCCGUACGUGGCAGGAUUCUUAGCCUUCCGAGAGGUCCCUUUCCUGGUGGAAGCUGUUCAGAGACUUCAGCAGGAGGAGCCCAAGCUUAAACCUCAGGUACUUCUUGUAGAUGGGAAUGGCCUGCUCCAUCCCAGAGGAUUUGGUGUGGCCUGUCACCUCGGAGUCCUGACGGAUCUACCAUGCAUUGGAGUGGCCAAGAACCUCCUGCAGGUGGAUGGCUUGGUCAGGAAUGAGCUGCACAGAGAGCAGAUUCGUUCCCUGCAGAGGGAAGGAGAUACGUUCCCACUGACCGGCACCUCAGGGAGAGUCCUGGGCAUGGUCCUGCGUAGCUACAACAACAGCUCUAAGCCGCUUUAUAUCUCUGUGGGUCACAGGGUGUGCCUGGAGACAGCUGUGCACCUAGUCAAGUCCUGCUGCAGGUACCGGAUCCCGGAGCCCAUCCGUCAGGCUGAUAUUAGAUCGAGGGAGUAUAUUCGGAAGCAGCUGUGUUCACCACUGGAGGUCAUCUCUUCUGAGCCAGAGAGCAGAAAAGAGGAGGCUGAACUGGAUGAUUAGUCUGAUGCCAGAAGAAACUGCAGGGCUCCUCUUCACUGGAUCCUCUCCUCCACCAAGACUGUGGUUCUGUCGAGUGCAACACCUGAGUGCCACCCCAGGGGAGAGCAGUGCCAGGCUGUGUCAGUCAGGACAAGGCCAGCCACUGUGCGUGGUUCUGGUGGACAGGCAGACCAGAUCUUCUGUUCUAAGAUAAUGUUUAGAGCAUAUUUCUCAGGGUUGAUUUUUAAGCAUUGUAAAAAUAUUUGUGUAAGCAAAUGUACAUUUGUUAAGUUUGCAACAA